UCGUGUAUUUUUACCUACCCCUGUUUAGCAUAUGUAAAUAUGGAUAACGUUCCACCUGUAGAAAGAUACCAUGUCAUAAAUGAAACUAAACUAAAAGUAUCUUCAAGUAUGCCAUUCAAGAUGAAUUCAAGACAGCUGCUAUUAGUUCUUUCCCUUAUUAUCGUUCACAACUUUACGGCGUCAGGAUGGUUACUAUUCCCUGCCAGCACAGUUCUUCAGAUCACAAUGUCUAUAUCGGUUCCAGUACCUCUGAAAGAUAUGAAAUUUUUCAUUGAUUGGGGCUUUCAAGUGAACUACGUUUGCCCGUGGUUACUUUCCAAUUUUUACGACAUCCCAAAGUGGCCAGGACAUUCUCGAAUGCAAACGCGAACACUUUCGUACGACAAGUAUGUCCUUCCGAAUGGCACCCAUCCGGCAGAUGCAUCAGCUGGACAGGUAUAUAUGGCGUUAGAGGAUUUGAUGAUUAGUUAUGGAUUCCAUGAAACUUGUUUGCUGAAGAGCGUUUGUGAGGUGGCAAGACAUCCUUUCGACUUGGAAAAUGAAAAUUUGAUUGCUGAGAUAUUUAGUUUUGUUUUGAGCCCUUCAAUGCACAACGCGUUCAGUGAAGACGAAAGAGUUUACAGAAGUGCCUAUGAAGCAGCGGAAAGGUAUGGUGCCAGUGGGGUUGAUUGCAGUUUCAUGUAUCCUGACUGUCCACUGGCGUUAAUCGACCUUAUAACUAAAGUGAAGUUUGGAUGACAGAAUUAAUGUGGUGAUGACUGUCUUUGAUAUUACUAUUUACCGUUUUUGUGAAUUCAAAUAAAUUUCUAUG